AUGGACACUUCUACAGACAUUCCAGAUGACGAGGCAUGGAGAACCACACCAUAUGACUAUGACUCUGCUACACCAUGUUCAAGUGACAGUGUACAACAAUUUGGUUCCCAUUUCUUGCCACCAUUAUACUAUUUGGUGUUUGCAUUUGGCCUGCUGGGCAAUGCACUAGUUGUGAUGAUCCUUAUGAGAUACAAAAAAAUCAAGAGCAUGACUGAUGUCUACCUGUUAAAUUUAGCAAUUUCAGACUUGCUCUUCAUUUUCUCGCUCCCAUUUUGGGCAUAUAACGCAACCGACCAAUGGAUAUUUGGGGAAGUAAUGUGCAAACUUCUCUCUGGAAUUUAUCUUGCAGGCUUCUACAGCGGAAGUUUUUUUAUAAUCCUUUUGACCGUGGACAGGUACUUGGCAAUAGUCCAUGCAGUGUUUGCGUUAAAAGCCAGGACAGUUGUCUAUGGCGCCCUCACAAGUGUCAUCAUGUGGGGUGUGGCACUUUUUGCCUCUGUGCCAGAGAUUGUAUUUAACACGUGUAAAAUGAUACAGGGCCGCUUGAAAUGCACUCCUGUUUAUUCAGAUACAACCCAAAUCAACUGGAAUCAAUUCAACACUUUAAAAACCAACCUCAUCGGCCUGGUCUUACCAAUAAUUGUUAUGACCUUCUGCUACACAAUGAUCAUAAUGAACCUGCUUAGAUGCAGGAAUGCAAAAAAGAACAAAGCAGUCAGGCUUAUUUUUAUCAUCAUGAUUGUUUAUUUCAUCUUCUGGGCUCCAUACAACAUUGCUAUUCUGCUCCACGCAUUCCAAAAUUUAUUUUCUCUUGACAAUUGCGACAGCAACAGUAAGUUGGUUAUAGCCAUAGAAGUUACUGAAGCAAUAGCAAUGUCCCAUUGUUGCAUCAACCCUGUGAUCUAUGCUUUUGCUGGGGAGAAGUUCAGAAAAUAUAUUUUCAGCUUUUACCGAAAGGAUGUUGCUCGCAGACUCUCAAAAUAUAUCCCAGUGUUGCAUUCAGAGAAUCCAGAACGAACGAGUUCCACAUACACUCCAUCUACUGGGGAGCAUGAGAUUUCAGCUGUGUUGUAAAGGAUGUCCACAAAGAAUAAGUAUCAUUGACUUUGG